GGGGAGAUGACCGGAUCUGCGGAAAAUAAUGAUACUGGAUUUGUGAAGGGAUUAUGCCGGGAUGAUGGUUGCGGGCAAAUGAGUGGCUGGGAUGAACUGGAGAAGUGUUCCGCGAAGGAGGAUGGCGGUUUGACAGGGCGAGGUGAAGAUGUGGUAAGUUGCUAUUUCAAGCACACAUGUUUUGUCUGGUUGUCAUGUGUUCUUGCCUCGUACUUGGUGUUU